CCCAAUCGGUUGUGGGUCCAUUGAAAACUGAAACAGAGAAGUUGGGGCGGAGCCACUGUAGCCACUCGUUGAUUGGCAGAAAGUGAUGACGACAUUAGUAAGCGCCAAAAUAACACUGAUUUAAGCUAACAUUUGCAACGUUUUUGCAGUUUAUUGCAUAGAUAUCUAUGGUUUAUUGUGUAUUAUUUUGGUCACGAGUCUCUUAUUGAACAUGCCUGCCGUCAACAGCAAGGCCUGGUCUGCGGUGGAACUGCAAACCUUCCUCGCCAUCCUCGGCGACGGUGUGAUACAGGGAGAGCUCGAAGGAUCCAUUAGAAACGAGAAAGUUUUUAAAGAAGUCUCUCAGCGGCUGGCGGCUCAUGGCUUUGAACGCACGUCGGACCAAUGUCGGGUGAAGGUGAAGAAGCUUAAAAUGCAAUAUAGGAAGAUUAAAGAUGAAAGCAGCCGGAGUGGAAACAGCGGGAGCACAUGGAAGUGGUUCGACGCCAUGGACGCCAUCUACGGCCGCAGAGGCCGGGAGGGAGGCCUGGGCUCUGCAGCCGCUCUUCUGGAGUCCCUCGUGGAGCCUGUUGACGCUGUCGAGGGAGGCGGCGGUGAUGCUUUCUCGUUUCUGGUCGAGGAGCCGUCCACUUCCACCAGUAGCGCCUGGACCACCCCGGUGAUUGCUCCAGGUCCAGCCGAGCCAGAGACUGCAAACAAUUCGCCUCAGCGUCGACGCACUGCUUUGAAAAGACGGUUGCAGCCUGAUUGGCGGAUGAUGAUGGAGAAGAUGCAGGCCGCAGAAGAGAGACAGCUGAACAG